AAAAGAGGCAGCAGCAGGCCAUGGCAGCACCGCGCAUGUGAAAGUAGCAAUAAGUGUAUAGUUCUAUCACAGCUGAACGCGGCAGUCAAGACGUUGUUCGGGGUGGUGUAUACGAGGAAUCGGUAACAGCUUUGCCUGUGAUCACUACGUGCACCACUUCCAAGGUCUUCAUCGCAGCUUCGCGCCGGUUGCUAAGCCGUUUCGAACAUGGCACAGGCAGCAGGCGCGCUCGGAUGGCAGCUUUCGGGCGCCGAUUUAAAGCGCAUUGGUACAAGUAGCCUGGCAAAGUUCGAGCUUCUCGGCGAAAUAGGCCGGGGCAGCUUCAGCGUUGUGCACAAGGCUCGAAGUACUGUAGACGGCACACUGGUGGCUAUCAAAAAAGUUAAGGCGAAAGAAAUGCUUGACGAAAAGGCCAGGCGUGACUGCGAACAGGAAGUAGCCCUUCUCCAGAGGCUCGACCAUCCACAAAUCAUAAAAUAUUUGAGCUCAUUUUUUGAGGAUGGUGAAUUAUUCAUUGUUCUUGAGCUGGCAGGUGGUGGGGACUUGGCACGCUUUAUAAAGUGUUUCAGGCAGCAUGGUAAGCUGAUUCCUGAGCUAACCAUCUGGAAGUACUUUUCACAGGUGUGUGCUGCCCUCAAGCACAUGCACUUGAAGAGGAUAAUGCACAGAGAUGUGAAACCAGCCAAUGUGUUUAUCACCAUCGACGGGAGAGUCAAGUUGGGAGAUCUGGGCUUGGGACGAUUCUUCAGUCCUGACAGUGUUGCGGCCAACUCUCUUGUUGGGACUCCGUAUUACAUGUCCCCUGAGCGGGUCCAGCGGCACGAGUAUGACUUCAGUUCAGACGUAUGGUCAGCUGGUUGUCUUCUCUAUGAAAUGGCAGCUCUGCAGUCCCCAUUUGCAAAUGACAUGAAGAAUAGUUACUCACUUGUUAAGAAGAUUGUGUCAAGUGAAUACCCACCUAUUUCAAGCAACCUUUACUCAGACGAGCUGCGUGCCCUGGUUGCUGUCUGCAUGGAUCCAAACACCAAGAAGCGGCGUGAUAUAAUCUAUGCUUGCACUGUGGCCACACAAAUGUUCGAGCGUUUUGUGCGGUCGUCUGCAUGCGAGGCAAACACACUAGCCUUUACGUGAUAUGAUGAUCUCAUUGACUGGCAGCAGCACAAGUCUUUUGUACUGUAUGCGAAUGGUUUCAUGUUUCUGUGUGCACACUUGACUUGUGAAUGUAAUUUUGCUCUAUUAAUUGCUAUCACAAAGGGCACAGUGAAUAGGAAAUGGUGUGCUGGUGAGUGUCUCAGCAAUAUUCUUGUGAUAAAAUGUACUAUGACUAGUGGGCAGAUGUUUAGCCGCCGACAAGCAGCUGCAGUGCAGUGCAGUUUUGUAAGAGCAAUCCGCUAUUUCUGAAAAUCUGCCAAAAAAUGCCGAAUAGCAGUAUUUUAGUGCACAAUUUUUCAAAUGCCCACAGUUAAAGUGUGAUGCAGGGUAUAUUUUCUAGUGCAAUGUUUAUUAAUAGAAAGUAGAGCUGUCUUAUUAGUUUACAGGGCCUUUGUUGUCCAUAAUCCAGGAAUGUUGCAUUUUAUUGAAGACAACCUUCACUUGGUCUGCCUGCUAAAUAUGCAGCCUAUUGGCACCCCUUGAGCAAAUUGAUGGAAUUCAUGUGAAAUUUUUAUUCAGCCACACAAAAAAAGUUUGCGGGGCAAAAGUAACGAAAUAAUAGUGUCUCCGUGAAGCCAAACCAUGACUCGCUAUAAUUUUAGGCAUUUGUGAUUCAAGCCCCGACAAAAGUUUGUUUUUGCCGCCUUAUUCAUUUCGUUUAUUGAACAUAAAUGGUUCUGUACUUUUUUUUUGUGUGUGACUAAAUCUAAAAUUAUAAAUCAUUUGCACGCUUGCUAUUGCAUCAAUCAAUAACGAUGCUUUGUGCCAUGCCCUCUCACUUUCUUGGAUAUUGAAAUAUGCAUUUUAUUUGUGUCUAAUUCUAUUGUAGAUUAUUGAAGUUUGUGAUAAAACACCCAUUCAAGUGCUGCCUUACAUAAGUGUUGCAUACACCAGUGUGUGUGUGUCCAGUGCCAUUUUUAAAAACAAGCUAUGCGGCACUGAGUAGUUGCCAAUUGUUCAAACAUGUAAAACUACUAGAACCUUGACUCAACCACUCAUUAGAACAGGAAUACUUUUAAUUCAGCGUCACUAAAGCUAUGCAAAUUUUUCUUUUUCUCUUUUUUGUUGUCAUUUGUGUGAGGAGUGCAUCUCAUUCACUGUGCCUCUGCUCGUUUUGGUGCUACCACUUCUAGUCACUCAAAGAGCGAAUGGCUGCUACGCUGUUGACUCACAGAGCGCAUUUAAUUAAAUUGGGGGGUGUUGCACGAUGUACUGAAACACUCAUUGGAUAUCUUUACUAUCGCUCACCAGCUUUUCUCAUUUUAUAUCUGUGCUAGAAUAACGUGCUACAUCUGGCCAUUUCAGUGCUUGCUUGCAGCACCUCUUGAACUUAUGAAAGCAUUUAUUUGCAUUUGUAGCUGGGGCCAUGCCCUGCAAGUGUGUUAUAGUGGCGUGGUCACAUUUACACUUGUGGUGAGCUAAAUGUAUUUGCCACAUGCCAGACAUAUACCAGAUGAUAAUUGUUUGCUCAAGUCAGCUGUUAUAAUAAUACAGCACGAGUUUAUACUGCAUCUUACACAAGUCAGAUAUACGAGACCUUUAAAUGGCACAUUUAUUUUUUGAAGUAUAUACACAUUUCAUUUUAUAUGCACAUCUUCGUUGUAUUUUUAAAGAGGCUGUACCUGUUUAAGAAAGUCACAGGAUCAUGUACAAGUGUUUAACAGCUUUUUGUCAACAGCAAUGUUAUAGAGCAUAUUAUUUGAAAUUUGAUUAUUAAAGUGCUUUUUGGCAGUA